GGAGCGAGGGGGCGGUGCCGCAGGUCGGUUCCCGAAGCCUCCGGAGGGAAGAAGAGGAAGGCGCGGGGCGAGCACAGAAUGGAAACAGACUGCAAUCCCAUGGAGCUGAGCAGUAUGUCAGGGUUUGAAGAAGAUGCAGCGCUGAACGGCUUUGAAGGAACAGACAUGAAGGACAUGAGGCUGGAAGCCGAGGCCGUUGUGAACGAUGUUCUCUUCGCCGUGAACAACAUGUGCGUCUCCAAAACCCUGCGCUGCGCCGAUGACGUGGCCUAUAUCAACGUGGAAACAAGAGAAGGGAACAGGUACUGCCUGGAGCUCACUGAAGCAGGGCUCAGGGUGGUAGGUUAUGCUUUUGACCAGGUGGACGACCAUCUUCAAACUCCCUACCACGAAACGGUCUACUCUUUGCUGGACACGCUCAGCCCUGCCUACCGGGAAGCAUUUGGAAAUGCACUCCUUCAAAGACUGGAAGCUUUGAACAGGGACGGACAGUCAUGACCAAGUUUUUUCCUGUUCGAGGGGCUGCUGCUGGUACAGACUGCUGACAUAACGCUUGAAGUUCUUGCAUAUGGUCAUAGCAGGAAACGCAUCUUUGGUUUUGUGUCUUUAUCAUCUUUUGCUUCAAAUUUCGGCUUUUGAUUGAGAACAUUAUCAACCAAUGACUUGUCUUUCUUAGCUUCUCAUUCAUUAAGGAAAUCCUGAGGCCAUUGCUGUGACACUAUCAUUAAGACAUUCAAGUUUCUUCCUCUAGUAUCUCUGUAUUUCAGAAACCUAUUCAGUAUUUCAUGCUCCUAUUGCAGGACUUUGAUGCUGCCAGCACUCUCUCUUACCUAGGAAGUCCUAAGAUUGCACAGUAAUAUAGAAAUUAAAAUGACCUAACUUCAAACUUUGAUUCAGCUUGCUAAAUCAGGGGUUUCCUAACUAGCUUGGACUGACUUUGUAGUAAUUAUUUUACUACUAGCCUUAUUGGAAACAAAUUAUCCCCUGCACAAAUUUUGAAAUUCACUGCUUCAUAUAAUCCAUUUAUAUUAUUAAUAUGGACUGAUAAAAUGAGUUAAUUAUAUAUUACUUAGCUAGUAUUACAUGAAAAACAGGUCCUGGAGUUGCCAUUGUGGUGCAACAGAAACGAACCCGACUAGUAUCCAUGAGCAUGCGGGUUCCAUCCCCGGCCUUGUUAGUGGGUCGAGGAUCUGGUGUUGCCGUGAGCGGUGGUGUAGGUCGUAGAUGCGGCUCAGAUCCUGAGCUGUUGUGGCUGUGGUGUAGGCCAGCAGCUGUAGCUCCAAUUCAACCCCUAGCCUGGGAACUUCCACAUACCUCCAGUGUGGCCUAAAAAGCAGAAAAUAAAAAUAAAAAAAAAAAAAAAAACAGGUCCUGAAACAGUACUGUAUUCCUUGUUUGCAGCAGCCAGCCAACUAAAAGGACAAACCGUUAGCAAAUGAAUGUAAUAAUUCCUUAUUUCCAAGAUAUUUAAGCACAUAAGCAACUGUAAGAACAGGCUCCAUUCUUUUCCUAACAAAAAGCAUCUUCAGUGUGUGUGAUUUAAAAGAAAGAAAGAUUCUGAUUUCCUAGAAAACAAUAUUUUGGCCUGUGUUGAUUCUUACUAUGAAUGUUUGUUUACAUAAUGUACAGUAUAUAUUCAGAAAGUAUUUUUGCUUCGGCGUUUACUUUCUAUAACAUAGUGCUUUGGUAUCUUCCCACAAUGCCCUCCUUCCCCAGCGGAUGUACAGUGUUCCGUCUUGAUGCUAAGUCCCCAAUGUCAUAUGCGUGCAUCGUAUGGGUUUGAAACCAAAGGAUGAAUGAAGCAUUCAGAGACCUAAUAUUUGAAAAAGGGAGACUCUGUAUUUUAUAUUUUACUACAGGUACUAAUAUUUAUAAAAAUAAACUAUACCAUGCCGCUACAUGUUUUCAAGUACAUGUUGAAUACUGAUUCGGGAGUCGUUUUUUUUUUAAUGCUAGUCUAAAGCAGCAGCUGUAGAAAUGUCAAACUAAAAUUCUGCAUCUGGACACACCAUAAUUUGUCAUUUGAAGGCUUUUUUUUUAGUCAUUAUUAAAUAAUACAUACUUUCAGGCUCUGAAGAUCAUGUAGACCAGAGCAAAUUAAAGUUUGGUUUGGGUCACUAUUCAUUGUCCAAGUUCGUUGGAAUGCCUAAAUUGUGUUUGAUAAAUGCAUGUUCAUCCUCUUUAUUUUCAGAUGCUUAAUUGUUUGGGCAAUGAAGUCUAACUUCAGGUUGAACUUUCUCAUGCUUAAUCUCAGGCUAAAUGUAAAGGAUAUUUGUAAAGUUUGAAUAAAAUUCUGUUUACUAAUUUUGAGUUAAGUAUGGAGAAAAGUGAUUGUAUGUUUAAAAAUUGGAAGUGUUUGUUUUGUGAUAAAUGAUUAAUUCCAAGAGCUUCUGUUUUCAUUUUUGAAUUCCAUGUUGUCACAUGUGAGUGUGAAGUGGUUUGCUCUUUUUAUUACCAUGAGGGAGCAAAAGAAAGAGACGAUUUAAUAAAACUGCAGAUAUUAAAACCUCCA